AGCAUGAUGACAUGGUCCUUCAAAUUUUUGCAUCCCACUUGCUUAGUCGGUUGGAAUCCCACUAGAAGUUGUGCACUAGUAGAACUAGAUUUUCACAAGUGCAGCUCUUUAUUGGGCUCCUCUACUGCCUCGAGAAGAAGUUUACUACGUACAUUUUCAGUUGAUCCCUUUUCUUUGUCCAGCUGAUAUUCAAACAAUUGACUUGCCGGAUCCAAAAAUCAAUUGACUUGCCGGAAUAAGGGACCGCGUUUUUCAGUUCUGAUUCUGCUCGUCAAUCUGGAGCUGUAGACGACUUCUUCUUCUACAACCACCUUUUCCUAUCGAUUCCGUCACCACGAGGACAUUCUCGACGACGGAAAGAACCUCCCCGACAAGGACUUUUUCGGCCCACGACCACGGCGGUUGCAGGUUGUAGUUUUACCAGAUACAACCACGAGGACUGAGAGCAGUGAGUUGUUUCCACGCGCGGCAGGACUUCUGUCAAGCUGUCAACCCAAGAAGGAGCAAGAAGAUGGGGGGCGUCGACCAGAAAAUGUCGAGCCUCGGCACAUCUCCUGACCCGACGGCCAAGAAGAUUUCGCUGGAAAACGCAACCAAGCAAUUCGUCGACGGCUUUCUGGCCAAAACGCUGAAAACUCACCCCUACGUAUCCGAUUUCGAAAAACUGGGCCCAUACGACCCCUGAGUUACGAGAAGAUGGGAACCUUGCAAAACAAAUCCAAGACUUAUUUUGGAGCUCGUCGCACUCAGGCGUUACAAGUUUAUUCAGUUUGGGGAUGCAGUGUUGUAGAAGUCGUUCCGACGAGCUAGAGCUUCUUGUGGUCCAGAUGCAUUACAGGCAUACUCUCUCUUUAUCCUGGUUAGCGCAUGACAGAUUUCUAAACAUACACAUAAGUAGCUAGAUGAAAACGAUGUCUCGUUCCAUGCGGAGCCACGUCAGAGAUCCGAUAUUCACUCUGUCUUCGGCUUUGGCAUGCAGAUUUGCAUGAUCAUUGUGGGGUCGUCGUGGGGACGUUUUUACUUCGGAUGCUACGCGUGCUGCGUGGAUGCAAAAACCGGGCGAAUCAUCGCUGUCACAAAGAAGUGGCAGAAACUCUACCUGUGCAAGGAGGUAUGCAUUCUUGUAAAAGCAUCGCACCGGUCGUGAAAUGACAAUUUUUUUUCGAAAGCAAAAAUGGAGCUUGGCUCUACAUCUAAUUCGGCCUAGUCAGGACAAGGCCAUUUCUUGUCAACAACACGCAGUGAGUUUGCGAUUUAUUUGCAGUGUGCGGCUGUACUUUUGCAAUGCAUAGGUGGACCCUACGGGGAAGAAGCUGAAAGAGGUCACCCAGCGCAACAAGUACCACAACAGUGUCUUUAAAGAGAACGGGCUCUCCUCCUUUCUGAAGAACCCGACCAAGCGCGAAUGGGUCGGCGAAGAGGUGUGGUGCGACGGCACCAACGAGCUGCUGUUCUUUCUCAAGCGCCCGAAGACAAGCAAGCGCCCGAAGACAAGCAUGAGCAACGGGGCGCUGGAAUGGGACAUGAACUCGGUGAACGAGGCAACGCGCUGCCUCUUUGUCGGGCAAAACGUCUUACCGGCCGCCCCCUUUCGGGAGGCGCACAACAACACCUGUCACAUUCCGGGAGAGGCUAUCUGCCGCGAAAAUAUCGUACUCAUACUUCUCAAAUUGUAGUCAUGCCGCGUGACAGAUCUUUCUAUCUCUUUCGUAAGGUGACUGAGCAUAAUGCUAAUUUCGCGUUUCAGUUAAAUUUGCAUAAGUAUGCACUUCAUGGAUAUUAAAUUCAUAUUGCUUGCUAGUACGAUAACGAUACUUUUGCAAUGCAUAAAGGGCAAGACCUGCAGUAUCAUGAUGUCGGUGCUGCUGGCCGAGAAUCGCGACGGCUCGAAGCCUAUCAACCGCAAAUAUGUCCGGGGUUUGAAAGAAAAAUGCACUUGCCUGUCAUGCAUCUUCUGGAAUACGUAGAAAGAUGAGCUGGAAUGGACGCAAAGCUUCGGGGGUUUUCCGAAGGCUUCUUGAUGCCGCAUGGGAAACUCGCUCUUUUCGUAACGCGAAAUGGGAAACUGUUGGCACUUCUAAUGCAAGACAGAUUUUUUUUUUGUCUGCAUCUGCUGCAAUGAAUCAAUUCGAGAGUUAGCAUGAAUUCAAAUUCAGACAUACUUCCAACGCAUAAACACCUUGGUGUAUCUGAUGGAGCCCAUGGUUGAAACGAUCAUGGCCGAUCACGAAGCGGACUGGUUUUUUGACACCAGCCUGCCAGCCACUUACUCUCAGGGACUCGUCAAUUAG